AUGGAAUUUCUUGAACAUCACUGUCUUCCUCACUGGAAUACAAGCUGUUCACUUGACUUUCAUUUGAAUUAUGUUAAUCUAUUCUUGUUCCUGUACAUAUCCACAGUCUCUGUGCUGACGGUGUGUGGAAAUCUUCUUGUCAUCGUUUCUAUAAUGAUUUUCAAGCAGCUUCACACGCCGGCCAACCUCCUCAUCCUCUCAUUGGCCCUUUCUGACUUCUUGGUGGGAAUCUGUGUGAUGCCUGUUGAAAGCAUUAGAAGCAUUAACUCCUGUUUUUAUAUGGGAAAGUCGCACUGUCAUAUAUUUCAUGUGAUUAUGUCUGUGCUUGGGUCUGUGUCACUCAUUAACAUCAUGCUUGUAGCUAUUGAUCGUUAUUUUGCUGUUUGUGAGCCACUCAUGUAUGUGUCCAAAUUGACAAUUAGAAAAACACUGAUGUGCAUAAGUUUAGGAUGGUCUGUGUCCAUAUGUUAUAAUCUAGUACCAGUGGAUUUAGGGAAUUCAAACCUGACAGGACAAAUUGUUAUCUGUCUAAGGGAAUGUGCAGUGGCUGUCAGCAAUGCCUGGGGUCCAGCCGACUUGAUAGUGAGCUUCAUUGCUCCGUGUAUAAUAAUGUUAAUUUUGUAUGUAAGAAUUCUUACUGUGGCCUUAAGACAAGCUAAAAUAAUUUCCAACACUUCAAAGAAAAAGGAAUCUCAGAAAAAUCUGAAGUCAUUCCGGAAAUCAGAGGUGAAAGCAACCAAAACGUUGAGCAUAAUUGUCCUUGUGUAUUUUAUUUGCUGGGUUCCCUGGUAUAUAAGUAUGCUUAAUAUGAAACAGUUUCAGAAGUCAUCUGUGAUCCUCUCUGCUUUACUCUGUUUGUUUUACACUAAUUCAUGCAUCAAUCCCUUUAUAUAUGCAAUAUAUUACCCCUGGUUCAAAAGGUCAGUGAAGCUAGUGGUUAGCCUAAAAAUACUGCAUACAGUCACUAACCAAAUUAAUUUAUUUACCAAAGACGUUUAA